AGCAAACUUUUUUCUUAUACAACAUAAAUGAAUUUAAAUAACAGCUCACCAGCACGAGAUUCAGUUUCUGCAAAAACUUCACAAAUUUCUUAAAAAAGGCCAUCCACAAAUUUAAAGAAUUUCAGCCAUUUUUAUUUUUUUAAAGAACAAAAAAGGAAAGCCGAAAUUAAUUGCCUUGCAACUAGUGCGUAUACAUACGAAACAAAAAACGUAAAAACAAGCAAAAAAAAAAACACCCCAGAGAUCUCAACCCAAGUUGUGGUGUAGAUCCAAUCUUUUCCACACUCCAUUUUCAGAUUUUCUGUGUAAGCAAGCAGCAACUACAAAACCCCACCAAUUUCAUUAAGCGUAUCCAUUGUCCCCUUAGCCUGUAUCAGUUUCCAUGCUAUACUAUAUAUCUGCAUAACGGAUAUCAACGUAACUUUUGGAUUUAAGUCUCUUUUUUCUUUUCUUCAUCUUUGAGGGGGAGGAGAAAAAAAGAGUGAACUGUAUUAAUGCUAGCUGUGUCACCUUUGAGGAACACAAGGAAUGACGAGAACAAAGGAAAGAUGGAGAGUUUCAGUAUUAUUAGCUCUGAAGAGUUCCCAGACUUCGCCGAGGGGAAUUUACUUGAGAGUAUUGAUUUCGAUGAUCUUUUUAUCGGCAUCGAUGAAGGCGAUAUGUUACCGGAUUUGGAGAUGGACCCUGAAAUUCUUGCAGAUUUACCCACCAGUAGAUGUGAUGUUGAGGAAUCAAUGAACACUUCAGUAGAAAAAACUGACGAGGAUAGUAGCCAAAGGAAAGAGGAGGAGGAAGAAGAAGAUAAAAUUUCGGGUUCGGGGUCAGGUUCGAGCUCAAGCAAAGGCGAGGAGAUUUUCAGCAAAAGAGAGGAACCUAAUGCAGUUGAUAAAACGCCUUCUAAAUAUGCUGUUAAGGGAAGAAAAUCGUCAGCAGCACAAGCAAAGAAUAACAAUCAAGGCAAGCGAAAAACGAAGAAGGUGGAUUGGACGCCAGAGUUGCACAGGAGGUUCGUUCAAGCAGUGGAGCAGCUCGGGGUGGAUAAGGCGGUGCCUUCAAGAAUUUUAGAGCUUAUGGGAAUCGAUUGUCUCACUCGCCAUAACAUUGCCAGUCAUCUUCAAAAAUAUAGAUCUCAUCGGAAGCAUUUGCUAGCCCGUGAGGCGGAGGCCGCAAAUUGGACCCAGAGGAGACAAAUGUACGGUGGUGCUGCCACCCCCGCUGGUGGCGGCAAGAGAGAUAUAAGUCCUUGGCUUGCACCUACUAUGGGUUUCCCGCCGAUGUCACCCAUGCACCACCACCACUUUAGGCCUUUGCAUGUAUGGGGUCAUCCCACCUUGGAUCAAUCCCUCGUGCACUUAUGGACUAAACAUCCAGCUCACACAACAUCCCAACCACCGCAGCCACCACAGUCUACAUGGGGACCUCCACCAGCUAAUCCCUCGUUUUGGCAUCAUCACCACCAACGUGUAUCAAAUGGACUAACCCCAGGAACACCUUGCUUUCCACAACCAAUAGCACCAACGGUAAACAAUCACUCCAGUUUUGGCAGCAUCUUACCUGUUUGUAUCUCAACCAGAUUCCGUGCAGCACCGGUCCCGGGCAUUCCUCCCCACCACCACGGUACUGGCGGACAAUCAGGACCCCACCCUCUCAUUGACUUCCAUCCGUCGAAAGAGAGCAUAGAUGCAGCUAUAGGAGACGUUUUAACAAAGCCAUGGCUGCCACUUCCUCUUGGACUAAAGCCGCCAUCUACAGAUAGCGUAUUAGGAGAGUUGCAACGUCAAGGAGUGCCCAAGAUACCACCCUCCUGUGCUUGAUCCCCCAUGCGAAAAAACCCUUAAUUCGACGACAUUUCCCGGCCUUAGCUUCAUGUGGAAAUCUAAUUUCCUUUUCCUUUUUCUGUAAAACCUUGCUUCUUGUUGGACAAAUUUGUUUAUCAAGCUUGCCGAUCCUGUGUGUGUUAGUAAAGCCAAUUUUUGUAAUGGUUUUACGGUUAACAUUUUAUUGUAUUAGGUGACUUAUCUAUGGCAAAAUCAAUCUAAAUCCCAAAAUUAUACAAGGGAUAAGUGUUUGAUA